AUGGGUUUUCUGUUGCUUGUGUCCCUAGGUUUACUGUCACUUGCGUCCAUUGGUUAUCUGGUUGUUGCUGCCAUUGGUACUCGGUGCAACCCUGUCAUUGGUUCUGUGGCUCUUCCUGCGGUCGGUAUUCGGUCCCUUGCGUCCAUUGGUUAUGUGGCUCCUGCUGUCAUUCAUGUUCGGUCUGUUGUGUCCAUUGGUUGUCUGGCUGCUGCUGUCAUUGAUGUUCAGUCUGUUGUGUCCAUUGGUUGUCUGGCUGCUGCUGCCAUUGAUGUUCGGUCUGUUGUGUCCAUUGGUUGUCUGGCUACUGCUACCAUUGUUGUUCGGUAUGUUGCGUCCAUUGGUUUUCUGGCUCAUGCUGCCAUUGGUUUUCGGUCGCUUGCGUCGGUUCCUCUUCUUUCGCUUUUGUCCCACUCCCUGAUGCCCCAGUACGUUUUUUACUUUUACUUUGGUUAUUUGGAACGAUUUCCUUACACGUCCUUGUAUUAUGAGUUGUGCUAUGGCAUCUACUACACCUUCUUAUUUUUGAUUCCUCACCUUGAGAGGGAAUACGAUUGGUGUUUUUUGGUCUACCGGCUUGACUUAUUUCCAUCACAGGAGGGUUAA